AUGACGUUCCGACAAGAACUCGGCAGCUGGGCGUUUCCCAGCUCUGUCAGUACAUCUCCAGUCCCUGAACUCGGGACCAAAGCACCUUCGACAUCGGAGCUCUCCUUGUCAGGUACGGAUGGAAAACCAACAAUAAUUACAUUCCUUCGACAUUGUGGCUGUCCCUUUGCCGAAAAGACAUUCCUCAGCCUCCGCGACCUCUCCUUGAGAGAUACAUCGAAGAAAUACAUAGCAGUGUCUCACUCAUCCAACUCUGCGACCAUGACCUGGCUCGAAUCCGUAGGCGGCAAAGGCAAUGUGCGAGUUGUCGUCGAUGAGGAACGAGAGCUGUACGGGGACUGGGGCUUGGGUGUGUCUAGUACAUGGCAUGUCUUAAAUCCGUGGUCUUUAUACGCGGUCUAUGCGCUUGGGAAGAAGGAAGGAAUCUGGAACAAGCCUACCGAGAGCGGGACAAGAUGGCAAACGAGCGGUAGCUUUGCUAUAAGUGAGGCUGGCACAAUUAAAUGGGUUGCAGUUUCCAAGGCUGCGGAUAACCUACCAGACUUUGAGGAGGCAGUGUAUGCAGUGAGUGGUGCUUGACAUGUACCGCAACUGAGGGUUACGUGUAUGAACGUGAAGACUCUAUUGCCCCAGAGGCAUUAAUCAGGUCGAAAAUGGUCCUAUCGG